AUGGAGCCAUCCAAAGUAGGAAUAUUCCUGCUAGAUGUUGCACCGCGCGGUUCCUUCAUUUCGGUCGAACGCAGCGGCUCCGGGCUCGUCUCGCUCCUCCCCGGCCAUCGUUAUCCGUUCAGUCACCGCUUCCUCCUCCAUUCUCACCGCUCCCCCUCCCUUUUCCCAUCUGCGCGCCAUUCUCCAUCUCUUCCUGCGCGCGCCAUUCUUUUAGGCGCGGGGAACUGGCAGCUCACCCCCAAACCCAAGCUCCCCCACCCCACCCCCUGUUGCCCUGGCCGCCUCCCCCACCUGCUCCGCUAUCGCUCCUCGCAGCGCGGCGCCUGGGAGCGUGACGGCGCCCAGACUCCAGGAUCCUGGCGAGCAAAACAGCACGCAGCGGCGCUCCUGCCCCCGGUCCCCGGCAGGAGGAGCGUGCGCGGCGGCCCCCGGUGGCACCUCGGCGGGCGGAGUUGCCCCGGCAAUUGGCCCCCUCCGCGCGCGGCGGCACCAUCACUAGGCCUUGGUCUUCCGGUGGACAGCGACAGUUCUUGGUUGGUGUUCGUUGCAGCAAUCGCUCGAUUCGUCGUUGCUUUGUUUCUUCUCUGCAGCGACCUCAGCUUGCUUGGUUGCUUGCUUCUCUGGUUUUCAAGUGGCACUGGUUUUUCUCUAAUUCAGUCGAUGGGCAACACAGUGCAGCAUAGAGCAAUCAACUCUUCAGUUUGUCUCACACCAUCAGGUAUAACAACUCGUGCAAGUAACCAACAGGAGCAAGGAGGCUGUGGGGUGCCAGGCGGCCAGCAGAAACACCUGCGCAGCUCGUGUGCUUGAUCAACAGGUAUUGGUAAGCAGAGGAGCACAGUGAUGAUGCACACUGUGAAUGAUUGAUGCCACCGUGUAUGAUGUUUGAAUGUGUUGUAUGGUUUCUAUGCAUUUGGGUUGUAUGACUUUGUUAAUCCAAAUGCAAUGAAAUAGACACUAGAUCAUAUACACUAGUUCUAUGACACGGUACUUUGAUUUCUAUGGACUAAAUAGAUUUGAAUUCAAAUUUCUGAUCCCCUAGCUGUUAUGUCUGGGUUUAUUCGUGUAUGUACAGAUUUCUGUAGAGGACGUUUGAUUAUAUGCCAAUGUUCAAGUUCAUGCGUGUA